AUGUUGAAGUGUGAGUUCUGGCUACCUGAAGUAAGUUUCCUAGGUCAUGUGAUUUCUGGUGAUGACAUAAUAGUGGACCCAUCCAAGGUAGAUGCAGUACUACAGUGGGAAACUCCUAAAUUAGUUACAAAGAUUAGAAGCUUUUUAGGGUUGACUGGUUACUAUCGUAGGUUUACUGAAGGGUUUUCAAAUUUAGCCCUUCCGUUGACUCAUUUGACUCGAAAAGGUCAGGCCUAUGUUUGGGAUAUCCAUUAUGAAGAAAGCUUUAGAGAACUCAAAAAGAAGUUGACUACAACUCUGGUUUUAAUUUUACCAAAUCCUUUUGAACUGUUUGUGGUAUACUGUGAUGCGUCUAAAAUGGGUUUAUGUGGUGUGUUGAUGCAGGAUGGUAAGAUGGUGGCAUAUGCUUCACGAUAA